AGAACAGCUGCAGAGGCUCUGAGCGAUAAAAGUCAAUUCCCUUUUUUUCACCAUAUGGUCCCCAAAGAAGGGAUCCAGUACCCAGCAAUUGUCCAACUGCUCCUCCACUUCAGAUGGACCCUGAUUGGCCUCUUUGCUUCAGACACAGAGAAGGGAGAGCAUUUCAUGAGGACUUUCACUCCUAAGCUUGUCAGGAGUGGAAUUUGUGUGGUUAUAUCACUACAAUUCUCCAAGAUUGAACAUGCAGCCUCCCUCAGGGAGGCCCUCUUUAAGUGGAGACAAGUCAACGUUUUUGUUCACUUCAUAGAAGUUGAUUCCAUUUCGGACAGAAUUCUUCCUUUCCAUGAAACAUUUUUGCAUUUACCAGGACCCAUUGAAGGGAAAGUCUGGAUCCUCACAAAUUUUGCAGGGUAUGAAAUAAAGAAGCACAGACUUUUCAAAUACAUCCAUAGUAUUUGGAACUUUGUUUAUCUGGCAAAAGAAAGGCCAAGAGAUGAUGCCCUGGAACCCCAUUUCUUUGUGGAAGAAAACUUUCAAGAUCCUUAUUUCCGCUGUUCUCUUUCACAGAACGUCUUUUCUGUCAAAGGCCGCAGAAGAUGCACCCAGGAAGCCCCACUGGAGACCCAGGAGAAAAGAAACAGGAAAAGGAUCACAAAUUACUUUAAAUGUUACAGUAUAAUUAAGACUCUGACCCAUGUCUUGAAUGCUGCUUAUUCCUCCAGAUCGAGGAGGGGAAGGAAGGAGGGAGAAAAGAGAUUGGGGUCUCCAAGGCUGCAGCCGUGGCAGUCCCUGCCUCAGUCCAGAUGUGGAAAUGUCACCCUGGAUUUGUCAAGAAGGCUCGAGAAGGAGAGCCAGUUUGCUGCUGCGUUCCUUGUCCGGAGGGGACCUUCUCCACUCAGGAAGUGGGAGAGGCAUGGCCGGUUCUUGCCCGCAGGAUUGCUUGUGAGGAUCGGGUCACAAAAAAGCCCCCAAAGUUCUAGCUGGCAAAUCGGGGGCAAAGGGGAACUCUCCACGGGGAGCAAGAAGGGCCAACAACAGCGUCCCAAUGAAGCCCUGCAAGGAAGGCGGCCCCAACCGGAGGACUUGAAACUAGGCACGACCGGAGUUGCCUUUGCCCUCCUCCACUUCGGGACGCUUAGAGUGUCGGGGCAGCUUCCCUCCCCCACCCCCGAGAUGCUGCUGGGGGUCCUCUCGAUGUGGCUGCUGAGUAGUUUGAUCAGCUUGUGCCACGACUAUUUCCAUGACCCGCUUUAUCCGAAGGUGUCCAACGGGACGUUGUAUCACUAUUUCAUGCCUGCCAACUCGGAGGAGUUGCUGGGGAAGCUGGAAAACUAG